UAACAACAUAUGAACAGUAAACUGUUGUUGUUUAUUGGAUGGUUGACUGUAUACAAAAAAUGAAUGAAGCUUAGAACAAACAAAUAUAAUUCUAUCAGCUUGCAUUCUGUUUAAAUAUUGUUUCUUUUUCAAUUUGAAGGAAGAGAGGGAGUUUUUGACAUUUUGAUUGAUGCAUACAACUUUUUUUCAAGGGAGGGAAUAAAUAAUAAUUCCACUGCACAUUAUGUUGCAUGCUAUUUUCUUCUUCUUCUUCUUCUUCUUCCUCUCUCCGUUUUGCUUCAUUAGCAACUUAUCACUACGACUCCUUUUUCAUUUCUUUUUGCCUUCUUUAGAAUGAUCUGUGAUAUUAGGAUUCAUCCUUAUUCAAUUCAUUACCAAUCCAUUUUGUUUUUCUCUGAACUUCAAUUCAUUUUCUGACCCUUUUCACCAUUCCCAUUUCGAUUGUUUUUCCAGUUUCCUUAUUUGUUGAUGCGAUUUUGACAUGGGUUUCUUUGAUCCAGCAUUUUAGUUCACUUUUUCAUCUGGGUAUUGAUUUUUGUAAUAAAGAACAAGGACUUGACGGGUUUUGGUAUUGGGGUUUAGUAAAUGAGUUGAUGAUUUGUUCUUAAACUGUUGGUUUUUGGGAUAAGUAGUUUUUUCUUUUUUUAAAAAAAUUAUUUUUUGGUCGAUGGUGGAGCUUCAAGCUUGUGCUUCUGGUUUGGUUAAUCCACGUGGGUUAUGUGCUACAAUAGACCACGAGUCCAAAGGGGAGACUGUGAAUGUUAUUGCACAAAUGGCUGAUGAGUUACAAAGAGAGAGACAGAGAAAUGCAGAGCUUAUGGAGAGAAUAUCAUUUCUUGAAGCUAAAUUGUUAGAGGAGAGAGUUGAGGAUUCCCAAGUUGCUGAUAAACUAGGAAGUUGUUCCAAGACAGUGGGAAGAAGUUUCAAGAGGCUUAAGAGAAGCAAAGAAGAAACAGGUAGAAGUCAUCAUAAUGUUGAGAAAAAUGAAACACUAAUGAAGGAUGGAACUGACCUCUUGUCUUCAAAAGAUACAAAUCUAGAGGAUCAAUUGGUUAGUUGGAUGAGUAUGGAUGAGACACAGUUUGUGCAUUGUGAAAAAUUAAAGGAAUGUGAUAUAAGAGUAGAUUCUGUAGAUACAGAUGAAACUGAUGAUGAAGAAAAUUAUUAUCACGAGGGGAGGGAAAUUCCUUUUGACAUCAAGGAUUGGGAAAUUAAUGGAAACUCCAAAGGUGCCAAUGAUCCUAAACAACAUAUAUACCUCGAUUCAAAUUCAAGAUACUUGGAGAAUCACUCUGGUGCUGAAAACAAUCAAACAAAAGCUAAAGAAUAUGGAAAAAUACAGGAGGCUAAAAGUGAGGUAGAAGAUAAAAGUGAAAAAACCAAAAACUUUGAACUGUAUGAUAGACCACCAAACAUCCUUGUAUCUGGGAAUGAAGUUUGUAAAGUAGGAUUUCGAAACGUCUCGCUUCAAAAAAAGCCACCAAAGUUAGCCUUCUGUCCUAAAGAAGUAAAGAGAAUUAUUGAAUCGGAAGUCUUGCUGCAAAAAAAUGCUCAGUCUCAUACCAUGAGGAAAAUAAUAGUGUUUUCAUGUCUUGGUAUAAGGCAUGGGUGUGAAGAGAUAUACGAUUUGGACUUCGAUCAAUUCAGUAUUCUAAGGAAAGGAGAGCCGUUCAUUUCUCCUCAAAAUCCUGGGGAGCAUGUCUUGUAUGAGAAUCAUGGUAUUAGGAGGAGGAUUUUCUACCCCAAUAGGCAUAAUCCAACAUUAUGUCCGGUUCAAAUACUAGAGGAAGAGAAAUCUAUGCGACCAUUGGAUGUUAACUGUCCUUCUUGCUUCUUUCUCUGCAUCAAAUAUGGUGGCAGGACAAGAAAUCUUCCACAAAACGAGUAUGUGAGGCAGCGAAUGGGAAGAAACAAGCUCAAGUCAUUUGGGCCACUCGUGUGCAGGAUGGCUAUGCUGGCGAAUAUUCGUAGUGGGAGUUUUUUCUUCAAAGCCUUGGGCAUUACACUUCUUUUCAUGGCUGGUUUUCCUGAUGAUCUUGUCCGCAAAGAAACCAAAUACCGUAAUUUGGACUUGCUUCAGAAAUACUACAGGACAGACAAAGAUGCCGAAGGCGAGGAGUUAUUUCUUGCACACUCGACGACAGAUAACAUUGAUAACAAAUUUGUUCAGAAGCAUCUAGUUGGAAGAACAGUUUCAAAAAGAUCAAAGGGGAAAAAGCCAAGUAGUACUUACCAACAGCCUGGCUCUUCAGAUACUACAACAAAAUUUGGAUUAGUAGGGUAUACUUCAAUCCAAACUCGUGCUGUGGCAGCAUUUCAGUCACUGCCAUCUCCAUCUCAAGCUCCAGUAGACAGUAACCAUCCAAUUCCAAACCCUAUGGUUGCUAGUUCCUGUACUGCUAUGGCCUCUUACCAAGGUCACAACUCAUUUAAUUAUUUCCCACCAAACGCAUUUGUUCCUUUCAUGUAUUGGCCGCCUCCAAAUUCUUUCAAUUCAGGGAUUUACCCUUCAGCUUAUGCUUCCCAUUCUUUUCCAUCAAGUGGAAAUUACAUCUCCUUCCAAUCACAGCCUUACUGCAGCUUUCCCUUUGGCUCCUUCAUGCCAAAAGCUAUGGAAGAAAAUGCAAAGAAUGAAGAUAUCUCUGAAGAAACAGAAAGUAAUUCUGACAAUACUUCAAGCAGUAAAGAUUAAAACAUAUAAACAAGAAGCAAACGGUAAACCCAGUCUCCUUUAUGAUACUCUUGCUGUAUUUUGAGGCUUUAUAUUGAGGUCCCACAUCUCAGUUGGAACUUUACAUUUGUCUCUCCUUUAAAGUGGGGCAAUCUGUUUGACUAAGUAACCACUCCUUGUUUCUUCAUCGUAAUGAAAAAUAAUAACCAAUUUUUCCUUUGUAUCA